AUGGCACCAGAAAUCCCAGCGGUCAAAGUGAUAGCCUUAGGAACUGAGGGCGACAAGGAAAUAACCGACGUUGAUGGCGCAAAACCGAGAAGAAAUCCUCUCCUCCGAUACGACGAAAUAUAUGAUUUUCAAACAAGCCAGACACGUCUUGUGAAAUCGGGGAAGUCAAACCUCGAGGCCAAGUUGGGUCGAAAGGCAACCGUGGUUGUGCUUAGAUUGAUCGACGGCAAGGGCUUCCACACCGCGACGAAUGUCGAGAUAAAAUCUAGUCGCCUUGCCAAGGUGCUGCAAGAGUUCGACCCCGACGUCGAAGGAGUGUCUCUCAUGGCAGUACCCUUAAAAGCACCAGCUGAGUUUUUCUACCACAACUGGUCCAGCCUCCAGCAGAGGCUGGAAGCGGAAGAGAAGGCAAAUACUCCUGAUAAUGCUCUGAUCGACGACCUCAAGGUAUUGCUCAGAUUCAUAGUUGAGGACUACGAGUCGCUGAAUCAGAGCGUCCAAUCGUUAUUAUCGGCCGGAGAGAUCACGUGGGAGCUGUUGUGGGCUCUGUUCCCACCCAACGUGCUCGUCUACCACUAUCAUGAGUUCACCGGGCAGCAUCAGAUUUUGCGCUUCCGCAGAAUGGAUAUAGAAAAGGGACUACCAUCCGAGCCACCAAAAUGGAUAUUCAGCUGCGAUAUUAUCGCCGAUGAUGGGGAGAAGUUCGGCGUGGCCAAAGAGCCCAUUGAAAUGGCAAUCCCCGAGUUCAAAGGCGCCUGGUCCAUCGAAGACAUGUUGCUGUUUCCACUCGACCGGCACAAGGAUGCCGAGAGGCUGCGGUGCGAGGCCAUCGAACGCGGGAAGCGCUACGUGGCUAUCAAGAAGGCACGUCUGAUCCAGACGAGUGGUUUUGCCAUGUUUGAGAAUAGGCGCCAAAACUACUACCGCCCCUACUUGUAUAAGUUCGCCACGCAUGGGCGAGCCAUAGUGGAUGCCUCGGCCUUCCGACAUUUCAAUCCCAAUGUCUCAUUCAUCCCCAGGGUGCACCGGAGCCUAUCCCGGGAGGGACUCACGGAUGAGCAGCUUAUGAUCUGCCACCCUGUAGCCCUGGGCUUCAGCUUUGGUGAUAAGCAAUGGGGUGGUCUACCUAUGGGGCAUCUGAUGGACUUUGAGUGGAAUAUUGAGGCCUUCGACAAGUUGGUCAUGGACGACCAGGUGAAAACCCUGGUCCGCUCGCUGGUCCAGCAGCACUCCUCAGAUCACAGAGACAGUUUCGACGACAUCAUCUCAGGAAAGGGCAAAGGCCUGAUUGGCAUGUUCAGCGGCCCACCAGGCUGCGGCAAGACACUCACGGCCGAGGCAGUGGCUGAGAUAACCAACCGGCCGCUGUAUAGCGUGUCCGCAGGCGAACUUGGCGUGGACCCAAGGAGCGUGGAUGAGAAUCUGACCAAGAUCCUGGAGCUGUCCCACCGGUGGAACGCCGUGCUGCUGCUGGACGAGGCCGAUGUCUUUCUGCAGCAGCGCGAUAUGUAUGAUGUCAACCGCAAUGCUCUCGUCAGCAUCUUUCUGCGCCAGCUCGAGUACUUCCAGGGCAUUCUUAUCCUGACGACAAACCGCAUCGCCCACUGCGACCCGGCCUUCGCCAGCCGCAUCCACAUCUCGCUGGACUAUCCCGAGCUCUCGGCCGGUGCGCGCAAGACGGUGUGGGAGAACUUCCUGGGUAAGGCCAAAGGUGCCGAAGGGGAGGUUAUCGUGGAUCUGUCGGACACGGAGAUCCAAGAUCUAGCAAAAAUCGAACUCAAUGGCAGGCAGAUCAAGAACGUUGUUGGCAGCGCCCGUGCUCUUGCGAGGGAAACGCAGCAAAAGAUCACCUUCUCCGGGAUCAACGUUGUUCUCGGGGUUCUUCGUGCUGUGCCCACGAGUUCAGAAGUCGAGACUUUAAUUUAA